CACAUUACACACAUACACACACACACCCCACUCUCUCAUUUCUUUCUCUCUUUCCUUUCUAUAUAAUCUCCUCCCUACUCAACUCCACACCCCAUCCUCAUAACUCUUUCUUGUUUCUCUUUCCCUCUCUAAAGCUCAAAACUUAUACUCUCUUUCUCUCUCUUCAAAGCCAGUCCAAUAUCAAGAAAGAAGCCUUUCUCUGAUAUAUGUAUAUAUAGAGAGAGAGGUUUAAAGAAAGAAGUUCCUGAAAUCUACAUAUUAGGUUAUAUUGGUUUCUUGUUGGUAUCUUUUCCGCAAGAAAAGAAGAUGAGGGGGGAGAAAGAAGAUUUGGGUUUGGGCUUAAGCUUGAGUUUUCCUCAAAACUACAGUUCUUUGCAGCUUAAUCUCAUGCCUUCUUCUGCUAAUUCUUCUUCUCCUUCUGCUUUUAAUCCUCAAAAGCCUUCAUCAUGGAAUGAGACCUUUCCUUCUUCAGAUCCAAGCACUGAUCCUUGCCGUGCCGAAACAAGAUCAUUCUUGAGAGGAAUCGAUGUGAAUAGGCUACCAGCAACAGCUGAUUGCGAAGAGGAAGCAGGCGUAUCAUCACCCAACAGCACGAUAUCAAGUGUAAGUGGAAAGAGAAGUGAGAGGGAAGGGAUUAAUGGGGAAGAACAUGAGCAUGACAUGGAAAGAGCUUCUUCUCGUGGAAUCAGCGAUGAAGAAGACGGUGACACUUCAAGAAAGAAGCUUAGGCUAUCUAAAGAUCAGUCUGCUAUUCUGGAAGAAAGCUUUAAGGAGCAUAACACUCUCAAUCCAAAGCAAAAGUUGGCAUUGGCUAAGCAGUUGGGGUUGAGGCCACGACAAGUGGAGGUGUGGUUUCAGAACAGAAGGGCAAGGACCAAGCUGAAGCAGACUGAGGUUGACUGUGAGUUCUUGAAGAGAUGUUGUGAGAAUUUAACAGAAGAAAACAGACGGUUGCAAAAAGAAGUUCAGGAGCUGAGAGCACUGAAACUUUCCCCACAAUUCUACAUGCAAAUGACCCCACCAACCACUCUUACCAUGUGCCCCUCAUGUGAGCGUGUCGCGGUCCCACCAACUUCAUCAUCAACCGUAGAUCAUCCGAGGCCCCACCAUCAGAUGGGUCCUACUACACAGCAUCACCACCACGGCCAUCACCACCAUCGGCCCAUGCCCAUCAACCCAUGGGCACCAUCAGCUACCCCCAUCGCACAAGGAGGACCGUUUGAUGCCCUACGUCCUCGAUCGUAAUUAUAAGCGACUAAACAAGGUCAUUUUGGUCAUUUUGUAGGGACAUAUCAAAUAUGAAUGACCCUAUUUUAGGAAAAGGUUGUUGGAAUGUGUAGUAUAUUAAGGGAGGCAAGGAAGAGUUGUAACAGGGUAGCAAUUUGCAUUUUCUUGUAUUCAAAGUCUUUAUUAUUUUUUAUUUUUUAGGGUCUAAGAUAUGGUUGUUGUAAGGUGUGAUUUGGUGGGUCUUCAUGUUUUGUAUUAUUGACCCAUCAAUCUCUCCCCUUUCAGAAGGGUUGACAUAUAAUUAGUUUAAUUUUUUUUUAGUGCUAAUUAAUACUAAAUCCCUCUUCAGCCCCUUCCCAACCUCUCAACUUUUGUUGAGAAUGGGUAAAAGCAAAGAGGAAUUCGAAUGUAAAGUGCAAUCUCUAAUUAAUGAAUUUAUUAAUUUAACUACCA